AUGCAUCAAUUCAGACGCUGUUUAAAACUUUGCGGUAGUUGGACACAUAUCGAGUUGACUGUUGCUUCUCGCCAGCAACUGGAGGCCCUCAUUAAUGCCGGCGACUCAGGUUCCUACAGUUCCAAACUAGCGCUUACUCCAGAUUCCAGCAACCUAUUAUUGCGCGAUGCGAACGGCCACUUCAACGCCCUCCAAGACCAGAAUGAUACAAUCCAACCAUUCUACUUUAUCAUAGCUGACCGUACUGACUUCCGGGAAGAAGGCAUGCUGGGUGUAUGUCUCGACUGUAGUCAAGGAGAGGGUGAUGUGGGCGUGGCGGGUUGCAGCGCGAUAUGGCGGAUUCCUGGGGCGGGCAAUUCUAAAAUGAACUGGCAGACUGGGUACGAGAUGAAAGAGGCGGAGGGUGCUGAGUGGGCCAAGGAUGAUGAUGCGGAGGCUAUGGAGCGCACAUCACUGGCCGCUGGGUAUCUUUCGUAA